AUUUGGUACCAGUUUGGUCAGUCUUUUGCCUGAGGAAGAAGACAUAAGAAAUACUUCAACCUCAUUCAGGUUCUGCCUAGGAGCACCAUUCAAACCUGGAAAAGGAGGACUCAGGUGGCCCUGAAUCAAGACAGCCUCCCUGUUCUGUUCAGGUUCAGAGCAAAGGAGAGUUCAGGGAAAGAGGAGCCAUGAAGGAGGAGGAUCAGGAGGAGAAGCAGCUGCUCUGUCCAGAGGGUCAGUGCCAGUCCUUCAGGCAGUUUUGCUAUGAGGAGGCUGAGGGCCCCCGAGGGAUUUGCAGCCGACUCUCCAGUCUUUGCCAUCAGUGGCUGAAGCCAGAAAGGCACACCAAGAGUCAGAUGCUGGACCUGGUGCUCCUGGAGCAGUUCCUGGCCGUCCUUCCCCCAGAGAUGGCCAGCUGGGUCAAGGAAUGUGGGGCAGAGACCAGUUCCCAGGCGGUGGCCCUGGCCGAAGGCUUCCUCCUGAGCCAGGCAGAGGAGCAGAAGCAGCAGGACAAGCAGCAGGACCUGUUGGGAGAAAAGGCCACUGAAAUCCUGGAGACAGAAAAGGCGUUCUUAGACUCCGGACAGAGAGUGCAGUCCUUGCAGAUCCUACAGAAGGGUUCAGAAAAUGCCAUCUCAUUGGUGUGUGUCCAGGUCUGGACACAACAGUUCAAAAAGGAUAUUGACAAGCUGGAACAGAUCCAGAUAAUGGUGACUGAGAUGAUCAAAAGUGUGGGAACCAAGUCCUAUGAGGAAUGA